CGUCGCCGACGACGUGCAGGUACAGAGGGCGACAGUGACUGGUACCCAUGGCACGACAGGGAGACUUGCAUUUUGGAUAUCUUGCGUCACCUCCCUCGUUCCCUUUUCUCCGACAAACAAAUGGCCACUAUCAUCUGGGCCAUGGCCAUUCUACAAGUCGAUGAUCUCCCCUCCGUCAAGGUUGUCAAGGACACUGGAACAGCAAUUCACUCCCACUACGGUGUACCCACCACACGAUACCAAGGGCGCCUUGGACAUGUGUAUUACAUCAACGAAUUGGCGUCAUUGAUAGCCCAGGAAAUGUCAAACCCUCUCAUCCGCCCACACAUACACCAUUACCCCGAAGACUCCGGCCCUCGUCUCAGCGAGGCAUGGCAAGGGCAGCGAUGGCUUCGCGACAUCGACCCUGAACUCUGUACACCCAUGAUCCGGAUGGGCCGGCAGGAUUUCUAUGUUUUCGAACCCACCAAACUGGUCAACGGACAAGUGGUCCUCCCCGAGCGCUGGUAUACUCGCAAAGCACCUGAUGGGACUGACGGCUUCUAUGCACGCGUGUGGCCCACGACUGUCACCUCUCAUCCCACGGGUCAGGCAGGGUAUACAGUGCAUCAGUAUGCCGCCUACGAGAUACCCGCCAGCCAGCUUCUCACUUCAUUCCCUCUGUUCAAAGAAACAUAUGGACGCGAUGGGUUGCCGGAUCCCACGGUUAUUCUCGGUGAGCCUUCAAGUCCUUUUUGCUGUCCAAUCGCUCGCUACAAACUUAGUUGUUGCUCAGGGGUUAUUGAUGCCAAUAGGCGCUUCGGCCCAUGGACGCUAACAAACCCAAGCGAGGGUAAUGCAUGGAGAGCCCGGGCUAAAGGCCAUCGCGUCGUCAACUUCAUGAUGUGGUUAUACUGUGAUGAUACCUCGGGUAACGUUUCCAAGAAAUGGAACAAACAUAAUUCGUUUUUAUUCACGUCCGCUGGCUUACCUCGAUCCAUGGUGCACCAAGAAUCCAACAUCCACUUCCUGUGUACCUCAAAUGUUGCGCCGCCCCUUGAGAUGCUCGAUGGCAUUGUGGAUCAGCUUGAGAAUGCGCAGACCAACGGCAUAUGGGCGUGGGAUGUGAGCGCCCAGGAGAUGGUGCUCAUCAUUCCCGCAGUGUUGGCCCUUCUCGGCAAUAACCCCAUGCAGAGUGAACUCGCAUGCCACAUUGGUAUGAAGGGCAAGUAUUUCUGCAGAAACUGCUGGGUCAAAGGUCGCGACACAGCUGAUGAUCAUCGCGAGGGUGCCGCUCCGCAUCAAAAUCAACCGGGAUCGCCGAGUGGUAAUCAAUCCCCUCCCACCUCACGUGCUGCUACGCCUGGAUCCGAUGGCGAUGCAAGUGAUACACCAAAGCGUCGCACGCGGAAGGUGGUCAAAGAGACUCUUCAAGGGUUGGUGGACCGGGCGCAUCGAUUCCUUGGGAGCAACCCGCCUCGAACACGCUCUGACAGUGUCAGCAGGCUCCAUAGCAUGUUCAUGGAUGCCCAGGCCGGUGGGAUCAAAUCCCACUACUCCUCCGCCAAAACCAGGACAGGGCUCAAGGAUGGGUUUAUCGAGCAUUUUGUUGGGCGCGUGUUCUCGCUUCCUACCGGUCGUCAGCGUCAAGAAGCAGAUGCCCUCACACGAGGCCUCGAUGAAGACGCCAUUCUGCGCUCAUACAUGAGCCCAGUUUGGCGUGUGAAAGGGCUUGAUCCUCACCACGAUACGCCAAUCGAAAUCCUGCAUGUUGUACUGUUGGGGUUUGUCAAGUAUCUAUGGCGCGAUGCAGUUAAUCGUCUGAGCGAUCCUCAGAAGGAGCUCGUCAUCACACGGCUCAACUGCAUGGAUACUUCUGGGCUUGGAUGCCCUCGGUUAGCUGGGACAACAUUAGUGAAGUACGCGGGAUCGUUGACUGGUCGCGACUUUCGGAUCAUCGCUCAAGUUGCGCCUUUCGUGCUUCUACAAUUGGUGCCUCACCGAUGCUAUGACGCCUUCGUGGCACUCUCGAUGCUUGUGCCACUCAUUUGGCAGCCGGUUAUCGAAAAUGUCGACACGUAUUUUCCUCAGCUACAGGCAGCGGUUGACUAUUUCCUGCUCUGUACGGCUCGUUGGACACCCAGAUGGUUCAACAAGCCCAAGUUUCACUUAAUUCGCCACCUCCUUGAUCACAUUCGACGUUUUGGGCCUGCCAUUCUUUUCGCCACUGAGGGCUUCGAAUCUUUCAAUGCCAUCAUUCGUGAUUUCAGUGUCCACACAAACAGACUGGCCCCAUCACGAGACAUUGGUGAAGGUUUCUCGCGCUGCAGUCUUAUCCGACAUGUGCUUGCAGGUGGCCUUUUCAUGGAACACCCCCCGAAGGACGCCGAAUCCAAUGAACGCCCACGCCCCUUUGAUGAUAACCCCAACGCUUGGCAUCAUGCAGGGCGCCGGGUUCUUGCACUGACAUCCUCAGCCUCAGCUGGGCCAGUUAAGAACGCCAUCAUAGACGCGUUUCAUCUGUGGGCAGUCGAUAAGACCCCUAUACCAGGUGCGUAA